AUGUCUGUAGGCGUGGCAAUCAUCGGUAGCGGCAUCUUCGCUCGCGAACAGCACCUGCCCGCCGUGCAAGCCGCGCCCUCCCUCACGCUCAAGGCGCUGUACUCGCGCUCUCUCGCGUCCGCGCAGGCUCUCUCCACCAACCUCACCAAUGUCGAUCUCUACAGCGACGACGCCGGCGCAGGCAAAGCGUACAAAGACCUGCUUGCCCGGGACGACAUCAAAGGCGUGAUCAUCGCCCUCCCCAUCCCCGCCCAGCCGGAGUACAUCAAAGCGGCGCUCUCGGCCGGCAAGCACGUGCUCUCAGAGAAGCCCAUCGCGCAAGACAUGGCGACGGCGCGCUCGCUGCUGCAAUGGUACGACGAGCAUGUCGACAAGGCCAAGGCCACCUGGGGCGUGGCCGAGAACUACCGCUACAUCGACUCGUUCCUGUACGGCGCCGAGAAAGUGCGCGAGCUGGGGCGCGUGCUCGGCUUCAGCACCAAAGUGCACUUGAUGGUGCAACCGGGCGCGAAAUACUACGAAACGUCCUGGCGCAAAACGCCCACCCACCAAGGCGGCUUCCUCCUCGACGGCGGCGUGCACUUCAUAGCCGGAACCCGACUCCUGCUCCCCACAACCACGCCCCCCGUAGCCCUAACCGCCUUCUCGACGCAGCUGCAAGCGCACCUCUCCCCCGUCGACACCAUCGACUCCAUCUGGAAACUCUCAAACGGCAGCAGCGGCACCUUCAGCGCCAGCUUCGGCACCACCUUCGCCGGCUCCGAGUACCGCGUCGCGUGUGAGCGGGGCAGCGUGACGGUCGGCCGCGGCUUCGUUGUCGUGCAGCCGACCGGCAUGGCCGAGAUCCGCCGUGACUUUCCCGAUGAGGGCAGUGGUGUCAAGCAGGAGGUUAGGGCGUGGGCGGAGAAGAUUGAGAGUGCCCAGGAGCUCGAUGAGAGACAGUGCCCUGUCGAGGCCCUGAGAGAUUUGGAGAUCUUGGAGGCUAUGCUCAGGAGUGGAGAAAAUGCUGGAAAGUCGGUCGAGCUCGAGGCUUGA